AUGCAGACUGCCUCUACAAACAUUUGUGAAAGGAUGUGCAAUAAGUCUGUCUGUGAAAUUUUCUUGCUACUUAAUAUUCCACGGUCAACUGUUAGUGGCAUUAUAACAAAGUGGAAGCAACUGGGAACAACUGCAACUCAGCCGCAAAGUGGUAGGCCACGUAAAAUGACAGAGCGGGGUCAGCUCAUUCUGCAGUGCACAAUGCACAGAAGUCACCAACUGCCAGUAGAGACAAUAGCUAAAGACCUCCAAACUUCAUGUGGCCUUCAGAUUAGCACACCAACUAUUUGUAGAGAGCUUCAUGGAAUGAUUUACAUAGCCGAUCAGCUUCAUUAAGGCAAAGCAUUGGAUGCAGUGGUGUAAGACACGCCACCACCAAACUCUGG